UGUGUGUGUGUGUGUGCUCCCUCAUGAAGGCGAGAUGCGGAACGACCUCUACAUCACCUUGGAGAGGGGCGAGUUUGAGAAGGGGGGCAAGAGCGUGGCCCGCAACGUGGAGAUCACAGUCUACGCCCUCGACAUUGACGGACAGAUCCUCAAGGGCCAGGUGGCUGCGGGUGCCGGAGAGCCUGGUGGGGAUGAGUACCACUCGUUUGUGCUCUACCACAACAACAGCCCUCGCUGGAGCGAGCAGAUCAAGCUGCCCAUCCCCGUGGACAUGUUCAGAGGCUCGCACGUACGCUUCGAGUUCAGACACUGCUCCACAAAAGACAAAGGAGAGAAGAAACUCUUUGGCUUCUCCUUCGUGCCGCUCAUGCAGGAGGAUGGCAGGACUCUACCUGACGGCACCCACGAGCUCAUCGUGCACAAGUGCGAGGACAACAUGCUCCUGCAGGACUCCACACGCUACCUCAAGCUGCCCUUCUCCAAGGGCAACCUCCCCGGGAACAACCAGGCAGUGAAGGGCAGCAAGGAGUCCUUCUGGAUCACCUCCUUCCUCUGCUCCACCAAGCUCACCCAAAACGGGGAAAUGUUGGACCUGCUGAAAUGGAGAGCCCAUCCUGAGCGCAUCAAUGACAGCCUGUCCAAGCUAAAGGAUAUUGACGGCUCAGAGAUAGUCAAAUUUCUGCAGGACACACUUGACACUCUGUUUGGCAUUCUGGAUGAGAGUUCGCAGAGAUAUGGCCUGAAGGUGUUUGACUGUCUGGUCCACAUUAUAAACCUCCUUCAGGACAGCAAGUUCCAGCACUUCAAACCCGUCAUGGACACCUACAUCGAGAGCCAUUUUGCUGGCGCCCUCUCAUACAGGUCAGCAACUUUAACUGGUGUGGUAGUGUGUCUCUAACAGGAAAAGACCGUG